AUGAGAACUACUAGUGGUGAAAUAGUGGAGACUCUACCAAGAUCCUUUCAGGUACAUAGUAAAAUAUGCAUGGAAUUGAUGAGAAUAUUGGAUGAUAUCAUGAGGAUAUUUCCAGAUAUAGAGGAUGCAAGACCAAAAUGUUCAUCAGGAAUAGAAUCUCUGGUUUAUCUGAACAACUCAAUUCAGAAAGCUAAACUACUUCUACAACAUUGCUCUGAAUGUAGCAAACUCUACCUGGCAGUGACAGGAGAUACAGUACUUUUAAGAUUCCAAAAAGCAAAAAAGUCAUUAGAACAAAGCUUAAUUCCCAUUCAGAGUAUGGUUCCAGUUGUGUUGGCUGUUGAGAGACUAGUUCAUCUUUGGGCGCUUGAAUCCGCGGAACGCGAUGCCUUUUUGGCGAACGAAGCAACGAAAAAAUGGACAUCGAGCAAUCAAGUUCUGGUGGAAAUAGCUUGCACUAGAUCUUCUGAUCAAUUGUUUUCUGCAAAGAAGGCUUAUCAUGUUCUUUAUAAGAAGUCUAUUGAGGAAGAUGUUGCUCAUCACACAACUGGAGACUACCGGAAGCUCCUAUUGCCUCUGGUUAGUUCUCACCGCUAUGAAGGAGAUGAAGUGAACUUGACUAUAGCAAAAGCUGAGGCAAAGAUACUUCACGAAAAGAUUUCGAAAAAGGCUUAUAACGACGACGAUCUCAUUAGGAUUCUGGCCACAAGGAGCAAAGCACAAGUUAAUGCUACUUUGAAUCACUACAAAGAUGCAUUUGGAAAAGAUAUAAACAAGGACCUGAAGGAAGAUCCAAAAGACGAGUUUCUGUCAUUGCUGAGAUCAACUGUCAAGUGCUUGACUCGUCCUGAGAAGUACUUUGCGAAGAUAGUUCGUCUGUCGAUCAAUAAGCACGGAACGGAUGAAGGGGCUCUUACAAGAGUUGUGGCAACAAGAGCUGAAAUUGACUUGAAAAUUGUGGCUGAUGAGUAUCAAAGGAGGGACAGUGUCCCUCUUGACCGUGCCAUUGUGAAGGACACAACUGGUGACUAUGAGAAAAUGCUUUUGGCACUUUUAGGACAUAAUGAUGCUUGA